GGCGGCAAUACACCAAAAGGUGUAGUCUGCCAUAAAACCUUGAAGAAGAAGAAGAAGAAGAAGAAGAAGAAGAAGAAGAAGAAGAAGAAGAAGAAGAAGAAGAAGAAGAAGAAGAAGAAGAAGAAGUUCAGCGCACAGAAGCUUCUACAGUAGACAGCCUACGCUGUGAAUCGAUAAAUAAGAAGACAUGCUUUCCGUCCUCACAUUGCUAUUUAUCUUAUUCAGUCUAAAUGAGGCCAAACAGAAAGAUUUGUACACUUUCAAAGUUGUUAAUAGCAGAGGGAGAUUAGUCUCUUUGGAAAAAUACAGGGGUUCGGUAAGUUUGAAACUCGAGCCUAUGCAAAUCUUCCAUUUGUGUACCGGUGAAUGCAUGCUGCGGAAUUUCCUUUCAUAAGGCAUGCAUGUUAUUUGCAUGUUUUAUAACAAUAGCAUCUUACUCAUAUGAAUAAAAUGCUAACUUUAAGACCAAAUUUAUGAUGAGCUUUGCAUUCUUUGUGUCUAUCAUCUGUAUACGUGGCAACUGCUGCUGGACUCCAACGUUGCUUAGAAUACUAAAUUGUUUUAUAGGCCACUAGAUAGUUUGACCCAACUGUUAUGUCUGGUUGUGUAUUACUGGCUAUAAUGUAACCUGCAUAAGGAGAUUAUUUCCUUUGCCUUACAAAAGAGAAAUUCCCUUCUGUAGUCAGUGAUAAUUUAAGAUGUUACCACAUCUGGGCCACCUUGAUGUUUUAAUUUGAAUACAUAUUUAAAACUUGUAUUUAUUAAUUGUCAACUUUUUUCAUUGGGUGUAACCAUAUAACAGUACACAUUCUAUAGACCAUCUGCAGGCUGCAAAAUCUGAACAGAUUUUAAAGUGAUACAGGAGAAAGAGGCAUUCCCACAUCUGUCCUAUUUCUCUCCUUACUAUGUGUAGUUCCGUCGUAUUGACACUAGAGGUCAGUAUUAGACAGCAACACAGUUUUAUAGAAGGGAUAUAGAAAAUCGUAAAAUCUCAAUUAAAAAUAAAUAAGGAAACAGUUCCGUGUAGCUCAGUUGGUAGAGCAUGGCGCUUGCGAUGCCAGAGUUGUGGGUUCGAGUCCCACGGGGGACCAGGACGAAAGUGAAUGCACUCACUACUGUAAAUAGCUCUGGAUUAGAGCGUCUGCGAAAUGACUAAAAUAUAUAUAUAUAUUUUUUUAAACAAAGAUUUUUUCACAAAAGUAGUGCACUGGGCCUUUACUAGUCCUGUAUUAGCGGACCAAUAUAGCCAUCUGUAGUGCAGGCAAAAACAUUUUUCCAUACCAAAUCAUAUGUAAUGUAAUCUACCUAAUGUUUGAUCAAAAAGUCACUGCAUCUGUUCAAUACUAAAACCACGCCAUUGGCCCAGAAUUGAUAAAAUAUUUUAAUGGAUAUUUAAAAAAAAAUACUUGACCAAAAAUUAUUGCAACAAUGUAUACUGAAAGACAGGGCUGGAAUGGAGGCUGGGCAGAAGCAUACACUGGGAAUUAAAUAGAUUUAUCUGUGAAAUCUUUGAACAUGAAAAGAUCAACUAUAAUAAAGGAUGUUGUUUGUUGACAUGAGAGCCUGUGUUCUCUGUAAACAGGGUAGUGAUAGUCAGAGGGUCAGGUAUUGACCAUUUUCCAGGGCUUCUUUCACUAUCACCUCCAUUACUAUCUGGCCUGAACCUCUACUAUUCAGACUGCUCAGAGACUCCUCAUCACUUACAUUCACCUCCAAAUCUUUGGUCUUGUUUUCCUUGAAACCAUGCCCACUCAGUUCAUAGCCUUGUAGCUCUGUGGUAGUCCCUACAUACAGAGCAAGAAGGAUAAAAGGGUAAAACUAUUUUAUGGAAUAACCCCUGUGCCCUUACCAAAUGUUUCAUCUGGUCCCAUAGCCAACAUAGAAAUAGCCAGUGCUUGACUUGGGCAGGAGCUCACUGGAGCUGAGUACUGGCACCUCAAAUGUUCUACUGCUUGAGCUCCUGUUCCUCUUAUAGAAUAUUAGCUCAAAAGUAUUGUGGAGCUCCCGCACCUAAAUAUAAGCAGUACCAGAACCCAAAAUGAGUACCGGUACCUAUUUCAGUCAAGCACUGGAAAUAGCACUCAGGCAGGGGAAUUUAAUGAAAGGCUACUGGUUAUUUUCAUGUUGUUGAUAACGGUUUUCAUCAGUACAACAUUUAUAUUUUUAGUUGUAUUGUUGCCUGCAGGUGUCCCUGGUGGUGAAUGUGGCCAGUGACUGUGGCUUCACCCAGGAUCACUACACGGACCUGCAGCAGCUGCAGAGGGACUUUGGGCCGUCCCACUUCAACGUCCUGGCCUUCCCCUGCAACCAGUUUGGCCAGCAGGAGCCUGGCAGCGACAAGGACAUUGACGCCUUUGUCCGGCGUGUCUACGGAGUCUCCUUCCCCCUCUUCAGCAAGAUUGCUGUGGUGGGCACCGGGGCCAACAAUGCCUACAAGUACCUUGUGGGUGAGUGAACAGAUGAGGGAUGGAUGGGGGCAGAGGCAUAUACACAUAUACAUAUAGACAUAUACUGUAGACAUGUACAUGUUUUGGAGGCAGGUAGCCUAGCGGUUAGGAGCAUAGGGCCAGUAACCGAAGCCGACUAGGUGACAAAUAUGCCGAUGUGCCCUUGAGCAAGGCACUUAACCCUAAUUGCUCCAGAGUCGCUAUCACUAAUUGCUGAUCCCUGGCUCUGACCCCACUCUCAGGGGGACGUGGGAUAUUCAUGUGUGAAAUAGGACAAAUGUAAGUGGCCACCUAAUUAUCUUAACAAGGUGUCUGUGUCAAGUUGACUGGAUGUCCUUUGGGUGGUGGGCCAUUCUUGAUACACACGGGAAACUGUUGAGCGUGAAAAACCCAGCAGCAUUGCAGUUCUUGACACAAACUGGUGCGCCUGGCACCUACUACCAGACCCCGUUCAAAGGCACUUAAAUCUUUUGUCUUGCCCAUUCACCCUCUGAAUGGCACACAUACACAAUCCAUGUCUCAAUGGUCUCAAGGCUUUAAAAUGCUUCUUUAACCUGUCUCCUCCCCUUCAUCUACACUGAUUGAAGUGGAUUUAACAAGUGACAUCAAUAAGGGAUCAUAGCUUUCACCUGGAUUCACCUGGUCAGUGUAUGUCAUGGAAAGAGCAGGUGUUCUUAAAGUUUUGUACACUCAGUGUAUACGGCUAUGGGUGGAGGAUGCAUAAUCCAACUUUUUCUUGGAUAGCUUGAACCGUGAACAACAAGUCUAUAACCCCUGACUGACAUGGGCAGACAGUGACCGUCUUUGUGGUCUCAUUAGCAAGCCUAGGCCAGGUCAGAGUGUGUGUGUGGUUUAUUAUGGGUUUGACUGGCAUGUUGGGUCCCCCAGCGUGAGAUAAAAUGGCAGGCUACUGGCAGGCUGCACGUUUUUCACAAACUGACCCUCAGAUUGUAGGUGAUUCAAACAUCAGGAAAUAUCAAAGAGAAGGAGAAAAAUAGGUAAAUUACAUUUUUACUGCGCUCUGUUAAAUCCUGAUGGAUUGAAAGGCUGGAGGAGAAAGGAAGGAAUGAUGAUCGCAAUCUUCUACUCACCUUUAAGGGUACUAUGUCUAGAUAUUUUAUUCAAUGCAUUUUUUAAAUAGCAACAAUGAGGUGUUGAAACAUGGCUUGGUAAUGUGGCCUUCUAUUUGUAGUCAUGCUAUAUUAACACGCAGUUAAUAUUUAUGUUUUAUGGAAUUGGCACAACAUUUUGUUUUCUCUUUUGAUUCUUUACAGAGAAGUCAGGAAAAGAGCCUGACUGGAACUUCUGGAAGUACCUCAUCGAUACAGAUGGGAAUGUCGUGGAUGCCUGGGGGCCCAGUGUCUCUGUCAAAGAACUCCGACCUAAAAUAGCUGAAAUGGUACGAAAUAUCAUCCUCAAGAAGAAAGAGGAACUUUAACUCAACACCUCAAGACCCAUCUGACAAUCUAUUCAGGAGUAUCCUAUGUGAUUGAAUUCCCCUGUCUGCUACAAAAACACCCAGAGCGUUAAAAAAAUACACUCCAAGCACCACCACACACUUCAAGCACCACCACACACUCCAUAGUGUACAUUUUGUAUUGUACAGAUGUAGGAUCUUAAUU